UGAGAUGAGGAAUGUAUGUAUAGAUGCACAUCCAAGGUUUACUGGCAUGGAUUUCUCACAUUCCCUCCCAUUUCUACCACACCUGAGGAAGACACAUUAUCAGAGUUUGGAAUACAAGCUCCCAGGGAUACCAUAAAGUGCUCUGACCCUGUUACCCCUGCAUUGUCACAGCAGAAAAUAAUAAAUAACAGAACAUCACAUACAACAUCAGUGCCUUCUACUGCUCCAGCCAUGGGUCAGUCCUCCUCUUCCACAGUCUCUCAUACAAAGGGUGGUGAUUUGGCCUCCAGCUUUGACAAGUUUUUUAAGGACUUCAAGGUGGAAAGCAAAAUCAUCUCUCAGGAAACUAGUGAGUCAAUUCAAUCAAGACUGAAGGAGGGGGACCUUCCAAGUGCAAUUUCUGCAAUCAGUGAUGCAUUGAGAGAGAUUGAUAAUGCCCCACUGAGCAUUGCUGUGACUGGGGAGUCUGGGACAGGAAAGUCCACCUUCAUCAAUGCCCUCCGGGGUGUGGGGGAUGAGGAUGAAGGGGCUGCUCCUACUGGCCCAAUAGAGACAACCUUUAAGAGAACACCAUACAAACACCCAAAGUUUCCCAAUGUAACAUUAUGGGACCUGCCUGGCACAGGGACCCCUAACUUUCAGCCUCAUGACUAUCUUGAGAAAAUGAAAUUUAGGGAGUAUGACUUCUUUAUUAUCAUCUCUGCUACACGCUUCAAAAUCAAUGAUGCACAACUGGCUGUAGCAAUUGAAAAAAUGAAGAAGAAUUUCUACUUUGUUCGAACUAAAGUGGACAGUGAUUUAUAUAAUCAAAAAAGGAGUCAACCCAACAAAUUCAAUGAACAUGAAAUCCUGCAAAAGAUCCGCAAUGACUGUGUGACUCGACUUCGGAAGGCCAAUGUGAGUGAUGCUCAGGUCUUCUUAGUCUCCAGCUUUGACUUGGCUCACUAUGAUUUCCCAAGCCUGGAGACCACCCUUCUGAGGGACCUCCCAGCCCACAAGCGCCACAUCUUCAUGCAACACCUGCCGAAUAUUACUGAGGUCACCAUUGACCGGAAGAGGGAUUCCCAUAAACAGAGGGUCUGGCUAGAGGCCAUGAAGGCUGGAGCAUUGGCCACUGUCCCUCUCAUGGGCUACAUCAGUGAUAAUGAUGUGGAGACUUUAAAGGAUGCUUUAACCCUCUACAGGGUUUACUUUGGGCUCGAUGAUGCAUCCCUGAAAAUCAUGGCCAAGGACUUGCACAUGUCAGUGGAGAAACUCAAAGGAAACCUUAAGUCUCUCCAUUUGCUAUCAAUUGAGAAGGAUGAUGAGUCCUUAGGGGAAAAACUGUUGAGAUAUGUGGAAAAAUUCUGCUCUGUCAGUGGAGGACCCCUUGCUGCUGGUCUUUACUUUGCCAAGAUUUACAGUUUGCAAAAUUAUUUCCUUGAGACUGUGGUGAGUGAUGCAAAAGUUCUUCUUAAAAAAGAAGAGAUUUUUAAAGACUCUGAGGACCCUGGGCAAGCCUAUCUACCUCAGGAUGUCCGGAAUGAAAAUGGGAAAAGUGAGGCAGCCAGCUCCUGAAUUAUUCUGAGUAUUGGCAUGGAACUGGUGCCUGGAAAGAUGACUUAGGUCUUCCUUUCAGCAUUCUGACCCACUGCUCUCAAGGGUAUCACAGACAUUUCCAUAAUGCACUCUUCAACAAACCACAAAUUUAGUGACUAUUAUUGGACAGUGAGAGCAAUGAACUCUAAAGAAUCCUUCCUUCAUAUGAUUAUUUUGGGAAAAAUGAAGGACAGUAAUCUGGAAUUUUCUGCUUGGUGGAGAGAAUAACUCCUUGUGUGAUGGUUACUUCAUACACAGCACUGGUCUUUCUACUGAUAUGCUAGUAAAAAAUGGCUAUGCAUAUAGUGUGUUCUGAAAAAUUAAUUUUUAAAUAAAUGCAUAUGUAGUGCA